AUGUCAAAGGAAAACAUUGGAAGUGAAGGGAGAAAUGGUUCAGCAAAGAUAGUGUGCCCACGGUGGAGGAUUUUCUUGAAACAUGGCAGUGUGCAAACGGAAUAUGGUGCCGAAAUUGCAUCACGGGUCAGUUAUAUUCGAGACAGUGGUCCUAGUGUUGAAUACAUCGGUAAUCCAACAGAACAUGAUCAGAAAUCAAGGCUAAUUGGUGAGCUCCGUGACCAAAUAGCAAAUAUGAAGGACCGUAUGAAACAGAUUGAGGAGAUACAUGCAGGUGAAAUUGCAAUGAAAGACAAGAAGAUUGAAAGCUUGGAUGAAACUGUUUUGGUCCUAUUAAGUGAAAACGGUCAGCUAUGGGAUCAACUUACGGAGAUAACGGUACACGAAGUGACACAGAAAUACAGACCCAUGACACCGGAAGAGCAAGAGCGUUCUAUGAUUACCCGUCUGAGAGCGAAGAUGAAGAAGGACACCCAGAAAGAAGAGUACAAGUAUGGACAUAAACGUAAUAGACGCACAUCAGAAUCGUCAAAAGAAGAUGCAGAAGUCGACCCCAAAGGAGUGAUCGAUGUUGAUAACUUUAUCGCAGGGCCAGAAAAGGGACCUUUUAAGCCUAAACCGAUUAGAAACCUUAGGACAAACGCAGUGCAUUGUCUACUCUCGAGCGAGGAGAAAGCUAAGAUUAAAAAAAUUUGGGAUGAAGCCUAUACUAGGGACCGUUGUGGGAUGUUCCGUGUUUGUUGAAGAUAUCCGUCAACUCAUAAUUGAUUCUGCGAUAUCAGGGAAUGUAAGUGAU